AUGAAAAAAGCAACCGAUGGGAUCUAAUGUAGAAUAUUAUUUUGAUUGUUAGAUGAAAAUGAGUAUAUUGCGAAUUAAGAAGAUAUAUUGCUUACAAAGAUGAGAAAGAAACAGGUAUGAAAAUUUCUAAUAGAGGAACGAGAAUUGGAGCAAUUAAAAUUAUAUGAGUAAUAAUAGGCAGAAUAAGAAAAAAGAAAAUUUUCUAUUUUAGAAUCGACAAAGUCAAAAUAACAAUAAGUAGAAUUAGCCCUUAAAGAGAAGAAAUAAAUGGUGAGUCUAUUAUAUUAUUUUUAUCUAGAUAGAAUUAAAGAGAAAAGAAAAGGAAAAAGAAAAAUUACUUUAGGUAUAAAAAAUAGAAUAGGAGAAACUAAAAGAAUUGACUGAAAGAGAAAUCAGUAGAGAUUUAAUAUUUUAGUAAUUGCAAAGCAAUAAAAGCAAUUAAUAAAGUGCAAUUCCUGAUAAGAAUAAAUCAUCAAUUGUGAAAAAGUAAAAGUAUAAUUUAUUCAAGAAUAGCUGAGGGAAUAAUCAAUGCUUAAUAAGAAGAAAUUUUAAUGAAGAAAAUUUAAUUGGACAAAUUAUAGAAGGAUUAGGAAGAGUAGAUUAAAGAUUUAAAAGAAAGAAAGGAAUAAUUAUUGAAAGAACUGAAGUAAGCAAAAAAAAAACAAUUAAAAAAAGUUAAGUAACGAAAUGAGGAAGAAAAAAAUGCUUAUUAUUAAGAAAAGUUACAGAAAAUAGAGAAUUAUCAAAAAAAAUUAGACGAUAUUGAAAUUACUUAGCAGGCUAAGAUUGAAUUGAUCGAAUAAAAAAAAAAAGAGAAAAUGGAAAAAUUAAAAAGAGUAAUGGUUAAUAUAUUUUAUUUGAUAUUGAUAGGAAAAUUAUAAAAAAAUAAUGUCAGAAAAGAACGAAAAAGCUUAAUAAAAGGUUUCGUUAUUAGAGGAGAAAAUAAAUUUAAUUUCCGAAAGAAUGAAGAGUACAGAAGAAAAAAUUGAAAAAAUAGAAAAAGAAAGAGCAAGACAUAGAUAAAAUGUACAAAUAUAUUAAUAUAAUAAGAUAAAAUCAAGAAAUGGAAGUAUUUAAAAUAAUAAAUCACAAACAUUUUAAGAAAAAAUUCGAUAAAAAGAAGAAGAGCAUCUAAAAUCUAUUACAGAGACUCAAUCAAUUUCAAAAGUCAAAUAGUAACAAGAAAAAUAAAAAAAAGAAGAACUCAUUCGUGAUCAUAAAACAAAAGCUGCAAGUAUAUUAUAGGAGAUGGUGGAAAUUAAAAAUAAAAAGUUAAAAGAGAAAUUAGAUAAAGCAUAAUAAUUUAAAGAUGAAAAAGAAAAAUUAUUUAUGCAAUAAUAACAAUUAGCUAAAGAGCUUGAACGCAAGAAAUAGAAAUUACUUUUAUAAAGUCCUAGAUAUAAAGGGGAAGAAAAAUGA